AUGAAAAACGACAUCUUAAAAGAUUCAUCUCCGUUUCCUUCUGAUUUCCUCUUUGGCACAGCUUCUUCUGCUUACCAGUAUGAAGGUGCGUUCUUAACCGAUGGAAAAGGUCUGGACAAUUGGGAUGUCUUUAGCCAUGAAAAUCCUGGCCAAAUACUGGAUGCUAAUAAUGGAGAUGUAGCUGUAGAUCAAUAUCAUCGAUUUAUGGAGGAUAUCCAAUCAAUGGCUUAUCUUGGAGUGAAGAGUUAUAGAUUUUCAAUUUCUUGGUCUAGAGUAUUACCUAAAGGGAGAUUUGGAGGCAUUAACUAUUUGGGAAUAAAGUAUUACAAUAGUUUGAUCGAUGCUCUCAUUGCUAACGGGAUUAAACCAUUUGUGACACUGAAUCACUAUGACUAUCCUCAAGAAUUUGAGAAUCGUUUUAAAAGUUGGUUAAGCCCCGAGAUGCAGAAAGAAUUUGCGUACUUAGCUGAUACAUGUUUCAAACAUUUUGGAGAUCGAGUUAAACAUUGGAUCACGUUAAACGAACCAAACCAACAAAUGAUCUUAAGCUAUCUAGAGGGUAUAUUUCCACCAUCCCGUUGCUCCAUGCCAUACGGAAAUUGUAGUCAAGGGAACUCGGAAACUGAGCCUUUUAUAGCAGCGCAUAACAUGAUCCUCGCACACGCAAAGGCGGUGCAACUAUACCGUACCAAAUAUCAGAAACAAAAGGGAAGCAUUGGCAUUGUUGUACAAACAAAAUGGUUUGAACCCAUAAGUGAUUCCAUUGCGGAUAAAGCAGCUGCAGAAAGAGCUCAAUCCUUUUAUGCAAAUUGGAUUCUAGAUCCCAUUAUCUACGGGAAAUAUCCAGAAGAAAUGAUGAAUAUACUUGGAUCAGCUUUGCCGCAAUUUUCCAGCAAUGAAAUCAAGAACCUAAAGAACUCAAGAUCAGAUUUUAUUGGUAUUAAUCACUAUACAAGUUAUUUCGUCCAAGAUUGUUUGAUAUCUGCUUGUAAUGGUGGAGAUGGAGCUUCUAGAGCCGAAGGAUUUGUCCUCAAACUAGAUCGAAAAGGCAAUGUUACAAUCGGAGAACUUACCGACAUAGAGUGGCUGCACGUUCAUCCUGAAGGGUUUCGAAAGAUGUUAAAUUACCUAAAUUAUAGGUACCCAAACAUACCAAUGUUCAUAACGGAAAACGGUUUUGGCGACAUGGAAAAAUCUGAAACUACUGUUAAAGAACUUCUACAUGAUACAAAAAGGAUCCGAUACAUGAGUGGAUAUUUAAAAGCUUUACAAGCAGCAAUGAGGGAUGGAGCAAAUGUGAAGGGUUACUUUGCGUGGUCACUAUUAGAUAAUUUUGAGUGGUUGUACGGAUACAAGGCUCGAUUUGGGCUAUUCCACGUGGAUUUUACAACUCUUAAAAGGACACCGAAACAAUCAGCUUCGUGGUUCAAGAAUUUCAUUGAACAAAACGCGAAUACUGAAUACAGAAGAUCUAGUUGA